ACCCGGAAGUAGAAAGGUUUUAUGGGAGUUUUGUUGGUAAGCUGACGUUUAUCUGCUUUCCAUGAGGCAGCUGUAUCGAAGACUGGAAACCACCAUCUCUCCGUCUUCUUGACUGGGUCCCUGAUGCCCAUAUCGCCUGAAAGAGAAUAAACCCUGUGUUGUUAACCUGUGGGGGUCCCCCACCUUACUGAAGAGCUCUUCUAACACGCUGCUACCUAUUUAAACUGCAAACAUGGUGUUAGCAGACUUGGGGAGGAAGAUCACAGCGGCGCUACGCUCCCUCAGUAAUGCCACAAUCAUCAACGAAGAGGUUUUAAAUGCUAUGUUAAAAGAGGUCUGUGCUGCCCUGCUAGAAGCGGAUGUGAACAUCAAACUGGUGAAGCAACUCAGAGAAAAUGUCAAGGCAGCCAUUGACCUCGAGGAAAUGGCCUCCGGGCUGAAUAAGAGACGAAUGAUCCAGCAUGCUGUUUUCAAGGAGCUUGUCAAGCUGGUGGAUCCUGGUGUAAAAUCAUGGACACCUACAAAAGGAAAGAACAACAUCAUCAUGUUUGUUGGCCUUCAGGGUAGUGGAAAAACCACAACAUGUACUAAGUUGGCGUAUUACUACCAAAGAAAAGGAUGGAAAACAUGCUUGAUCUGUGCUGACACUUUUAGAGCAGGUGCCUUUGAUCAGCUGAAACAAAAUGCAACAAAAGCCAGAAUUCCAUUUUAUGGAAGUUACACAGAAAUGGAUCCGGUCAUAAUAGCUUCUGAGGGAGUUGAAAAAUUCAAGUCAGAAAACUUUGAAAUAAUUAUUGUUGACACUAGCGGUCGACAUAAGCAAGAAGAUUCGCUGUUUGAAGAAAUGCUACAGGUUUCAAAUGCUGUGCAACCUGACAAUAUCGUGUACGUGAUGGAUGCGUCCAUUGGUCAGGCUUGUGAGGCUCAGGCUAAGGCCUUCAAAGACAAGGUAGAUGUGGCGUCUGUCAUCGUAACCAAGCUGGAUGGCCAUGCUAAAGGUGGUGGCGCUCUCAGUGCAGUUGCUGCCACAAAGAGUCCGAUCAUUUUCAUCGGCACAGGCGAGCACAUUGAUGAUUUUGAGCCCUUUAAAACUCAGCCCUUCAUCAGCAAACUGCUUGGCAUGGGAGACAUCGAGGGACUUAUCGAUAAAGUGAAUGAACUCAAGCUUGAUGAUAAUGAGGAACUAAUUGACAAGCUUAAGCAUGGUCAGUUCACACUCAGGGACAUGUAUGAGCAGUUCCAGAACAUCAUGAAAAUGGGACCUUUUGGGCAAAUCAUGGGUAUGAUCCCCGGCUUUGGAACAGACUUCAUGAGUAAAGGCAAUGAACAGGAGUCUAUGGCCAGGUUAAAGAAACUCAUGACCAUAAUGGACAGUAUGAAUGACCAAGAACUGGACAACAAAGAUGGUGCCAAGUUGUUCAGUAAGCAGCCGAACCGGGUUCAGAGGGUGGCGCGGGGUGCAGGUGUCGCAAGCAGAGAUGUGCAGGAACUGCUUACCCAGUACACAAAAUUUGCCCAGAUGGUCAAGAAAAUGGGUGGAAUUAAAGGUUUAUUUAAAGGAGGAGAUAUGUCCAAGAAUGUUAAUCCAUCUCAGAUGGCCAAAUUGAACCAGCAGAUGGCAAAGAUGAUGGAUCCCAGAGUGCUGCACCACAUGGGUGGCAUGGCUGGUCUACAGUCGAUGAUGAGGCAGUUUCAGCAAGGGGCUGCUGGCAACAUGAAGGGAAUGAUGGGAUUCAACAAUAUGUGAAUACUUCCGCCUUAAAUAAAAGAUGGAAAUCAUCCUGAUGGAUUUUAAAGAAGCUGAACUUGAGUGGAGCAGGAUUUUCUUUUUUCUUUUUCUUUUUUUGCCUCAGAUAAGUCAUUUAUUAAACCAUGUAAAAUAUUCAGAGACUUGAGUAUUUAUGAAGCUGAAAUUUUCUGGAGAAAGCAUUCACUAAUAAGACUGUUUUUCACUAUAAAGUUUGAUAAAUGAGAGCUGAGUAGUUUUAAAACCUUGAACUACAUUUAAAGCCAACAUCCCGUAAUCCAUAGAUUAUUUUUUCAUUUGUUUUGCCGAGUUAUAAUGAAUGCGGUCUAAAUUUUAAGUCAACUAUAAAUGUCUGUUUUUUUUUUUUUUUAAAUAUAUAUAAAAGACUGCAACAGAAGUUGAAAUGUUUAAAGGAGUCACAUCUGGCUACUUAUAUACCACACAACAGUCAGACAUGUUCAUCCUUUUAAAACAUUGCUUGUAAUUGCUGCUGUCAUUUAUGAAUCAAACUCAGAGGAAAAUAGACUUUGUGAUUUUUUUUUCCCCCUUUUGUGAUUAAGAUGUUUACAGUGAGGGGAAAAAUAAGAGAUCAUGAUUUGUCGGAGUCAUUUUUUCCUGGACUUGCCUUCAAAGAACUUUGGCUUUGUAUGUGAGACAUAAGACCUGUAGUGUCAGACAAGUAUGUGGCAAUAUUUUGUCAUAAUAUAAUAAAUUUAUAUAGCAACAUUUUAA